AUGAAGUUCUCCAUCGUCCUCGCUAUUGCCGCACUCUCGGCCGAGACCUUUGCGUGCGCCAACAUUGGGCAAGUUUGCAAAAAGGGAGACCCAGAUGUAUGCCAGUGUGAUGCCCCGCUCACUCUCGCCGCUUUCGUUACCAGCUUGCCGACAUUUGUCCCCUGCUCAUACGAAAUGGACGGUGCGACAAAGGGAAGUGUGUUCCAGGCCCACGUCUGA